GGCAGGACACUGCGCUGAAAGAAGAGCAACUGCUUGUCCAGACAGUGUGAAGUGAAAUGUUGAGGAUUUAGGAAACUAACGGCAGACUGGACGAGGGACUUUACUUUGAGAGAUGUAGUCUUUGGACUUUCCACGUCUUGUCGAGGAUGACAGAAAAAUAUCAAUAUUGGCAAAUCAAUUUUGCGGGGGCGGUAUCUUUGACUCUAAAGUCUAUUUUUUUUCUCAAAUCAUGCCACGUUUGAGAUCAGGCUACGCCUGUGAUGCGCUGAGCAAAUCCUCCUCCUCCACAGCUGCUGACAGACCGCUCAGAGCAGACUGACCGAAAAGUUACGGAAGUUGUUUUUCCUUGUUUGCCAGAAUUUUUACUUCCAAAUUUCUGUGGCCUCGAGUCCUUCAGCCCCCAGGUCCGCCGACCCGCCCCAGCAUGCUGGACUGACGUCUUGAGGAAUGGCAUCGGCUGUGUUUGAAGGCACGUCGCUGGUCAACAUGUUUGUCCGGGACUGCUGGGUCAACGGGAUCCGGAGGCUGAUCAUCAGCCAGCGGGGAGAGGAAGAAGAGUUUUUCGAGAUCAGGACAGAGUGGUCUGACAGGAACAUUUUAUACUUGCAUCGGAGUUAUUCCGAUCUGGGGCGGCUGUUUAAAAGACUGAUAGAGUCCUUUCCUGAGGACAGAAGAGACCUCUCCAAGUCUCCACUGAUAGAAGGGCUUGUAAAAAUCAAAGAGGCAAACGACAUCGAGGAGAAAUUGAACGAGGUGGAAAGACUACUGAAGAAUGCUAUCAACAUGCCAUGCAAGUAUUCCAGGUCAGAGGUGAUGUUGACGUUCUUUGAGCGAUCACCGCUGGACCAGGUGCUGAGGAAUGACAAAGUCCACAGAAUCCAGCCGUGCUUUCAGAGUCCAAUCAAGAUAUCAGAAAUCAUGCGGUCCAAUGGAUUCUGUCUGGCUAAUACGGAAACCAUUGUAUUUGAUCACAGUCUCCCUGAAGAAAAAGAGAGACCCUCAUCCACUGACUCUGUGGAACAUAUGUAUGAGGAUGGAACAGAGUUUUUGCCAAUGGAAGCAGAUGUGUGUGAUGAGGAAACAGAAGCGUAUGUCACCAACCUUUCCUACUACCAUCUGCUCCCAUUUGAAACUGACAUCCUGGAAUGAGGAACCGAUGCCUGUUGAUAGACAUAUGACGCUGUCAUUGAGGAACAUGUACUCCUUAAAUGGAACCUACUUAUACAAUGCUGCACAUAGCUGCUCCAAGUAAAUGCUGCUGCUUAUUCUAGAAACCUCUAGAGUUGCUUGAAUUUCUUCUUCUUCUUCUUGCCCAUCAUGGAGUUGGGCAGAUGUACACACUAAAACAUUGCAGAAGAAGAAUGCAACAGCAGCACCACUUUGUUUUUGCCACCUUAAGCGAUGUCACCAGUGUGCCUCAUUCAGAGCCUUACUUGAGUGUGUCAAGAAAAAAACAUAAUGGGAUUGUCUUUAUACUGGCCACAGAGGGCUUUCAGGUGUUGUAAUACAACAUGUGGCAGCAACAAUGGAGGUCCUUCAGUCCUUAGUCAGAUGCAAACAGCUGGAGAGGUUUCAAAACAUGUGACUUAACCACAAUAAUUUCAAUAGCAUCAAACACAUCAGUGUCUGUGGUUUGGAGUGUGACUGCAACCAGAGGGGAGAGUGCUACACAUUAAGCGUAAUUUGGAGGCAGAGUUACACUAUUACACUACACUACAUUCACUGUAACUUAAAAGCUGAAUUAACCAGCACUCUUUUUCUAUCUCAGUUGUUUUAUCUUUAUUCUCCUGUGGACCUCCAUGAUGCCAUCGGCCUGGUUUGCUCAUAGAUAUGUGAUGCAUCUGCAAAGCCUAUUGUCUUUUCAUUUAAACUGCUCCCUGAAGUGUUAUCCACAGUGUUACCACUCUGGUAUUUUAUUCCUGGAACACAGGAAGCUGUCAUGAAGCCUUGUGGAUGAUACUUGUUUACGGUGCAAUUUCCACCAGCAUUUAGGGACGUUUUUGUUUGUAAAAUACCAGCUUGAAACUCAUAGGAUAAUUCCUGUUUUGUUGCUGUGAUAUGCAGUUGGUUGUUUGGCAUGAGAGUAUCCAAGUGAACUAGACUGCAUUGGUUUGAUAAGAGGCAUACAAACGUAAAGUUUAACUACCACUAAAGAUAAAAGAAUAGUAAUCAUUGGGGGAAAUUAUGUCCAAAGUCCAAAAACAAAAACUUGAUGGUAAAUCGAGUAAGAAUAAUGAAGCUUUUAUGCUAAUAAAAUGCUCGAAACAUGUGUUAGCAUAAGCAUUAGAUACAUUUUUAUGGGUAUAUACAGUAUACUGUAUAUGUUUAACUUGGUAAAGAAUGUAAAAGACAUGUGUCAUUAUCAUUUUGUCACACCACUCACGUUCCAAAGUGAAAACUUAAUGCUGCCUUUUUGGAUGUUUGGAUGUUUUUUGUCUGAAUAAUAAAUUAGAAUGUAGUACGUGUUAGCAGUGUAGCUUGUAAUGUAGCUUAUUUUAUGUUUAUAAACCAAUAAUUUGAUAUAUUAGAGCAGAGCAUUGAGUGUUGCCAUUAUGUGGAUAACUGAAUCAUCUCACUGCUCUUGUUGCCAUGUUAUGAGCAAAAAAAUGGGGCAAAGAAAGCUUUAUUUUAUGGGUCAAUUGAGGUCAUAUCUGAUGAAGAUGACGUGUGUGGGUUCAGUCUGACAGCUGACUGCAGUCUUACUGAAUGUGGGAGUCUGCAGCUUGGCAUGCAAUAGGAGAACAAGUCCUCUCUUUAUCUAAAGAAGACAAACGACCUUGCUGUACUAAAACAUUGUAUAGGAAAAGUUGUGUGAAAUAGGCAAACACUUGAUUAAUAUUCAUGCCUUUUGUAUGUUUUAGGGGUCCUCCCGCCAUAAGGAGGUUGCUUUCACUUCUCGUAGCAACUUUUACGAAACUGUGGAACUCAGUGGAGCAUUGCAUAUGUUUUGAAUGCAAGUGAAAGGCAAAAAGAUGUAUAUUUGUGUAGGGUUAACCAUAACAAAGUCUAUCUAUCUUCAUUGCUUUGACAGUUUUGUUAAUGCAGAAGUCAUUGGCCUUACAAUGUGGGCUAACAGCUUGUGUCCAGUUUUCUGCAUCUCCAAAUACAAAGGCAUUCAACCCUCACAAACUUGGCACAUGAGGCUUCAACAGGACGGUCCUCCGCAUGAGUCUAUUUAGUAACACAGUCAUGAUCACCAUUCACCCCAUGAGAAAGUACAGCUCUUUCUCACGGUGCAAAACGAUUUCUUUUUGUUUUUCUCUUUUCUCCAAGAUUGGAACAAGAAUAACAUCAAGAAUUGAUGGAUAUUCUUUGGACAUAAAAGUUUCUGUUGAAAAAGUCACUCUUCUAGAAAGCA